UUUUUUGAUUAUUUAUCUUAGCUUGCAGACUCAGCACUCUGACUGUUGACUGUUUUUAAAAGUAAAUCCAUUAUCAGGAGAUUUGAUUUUGGUUCUCAACAGCAUGAAGCUGAGUCUAAAAGACCAAGUGAGCAAAUAUAUUCAUCUCUGAUAAUUUAUUUGAAAUGCAAUGUUUAAUUUGCUAAGAUCUAGUGGUAUUGCUAUGACUAAGCAAUCAGGUACCUAUCUAUGGGAAGUAAUUAUUAUUUAAUAAAUCUUGAAACCAGGUCUUGAGAUGUAGGAACCAAUUCUGUUAUUACUUAAGCUCUUUAUUUGGAAGAAAAUUUUGAAUUGUUUUGUUCUCCCUAAUAAAAUGGUUGUAGGAAGAAAAAUUAAUUUGAGCAAGAUUUUGGAUAGACUAUUUCAUUGAAUUUAAGAUGUCAUCAUUUGUAAAGCACACCAUUAUUUUAUGUACCUCUAAGAAAUAAAAAUGCUGUUAAUUAAAAUGUGACAUGCCAUUCAUUAAUUGUAAGAUACCUCUCCAUAGCAGAGAUAUUAAAACAUGCAUCUUAGAAUCAGUGAAAUAUGAUAGUCCAUUCUUUUCCUCUUUCGAGGUAGGUCUUAUGCUUUUUUUUUUUCUGGCUACAAAAUUUCACAAUUUAAAAACAAAAUAAACAUAGUUUGAAUAUUUUUGUGUGUAUAGAACGCUUACACAGCAUAGCUUUCUGCCAAAACAAACUAGCUAUGUGAGACAUUUUAUCUUCAGGCUGACUGGAUGUCACUGAAGCAUACUAGUGGAGAGGGUGACCUACCUGUGGAGAUAUCUGACACUAAAUGGCAUCUUGAUGACCUAAAGCACUCUACACUUUUAUGAAGGGUUUUAAUUUUCAUCACAAGGUACUGUGUAGCAUCAUGUUUACGUUGUAUGCAAGAGUAUACAGAGGUGCAGGUACAUAAUUGGCCCUUAAACUGUAUCAAUAUAGGAUUUAGAAUCUUGCCAUGCUAUAACCCUAAAUGCAUAGAAGAAAAAAGAAUGAAAGAUUUCCUGUUCUAAGUGUUCAGUCUAGUACUAAAAUUAAUAAAAAUCAAAACCCAUGCACAAAACUACCUCCCCAGAGAAAGGCUAGUCCCUUUUCCUCCCCAUCCAUUUCAUUAUGAACAUAGUAGAAAAUAGCGUAUUCUUAUCAAAUUUGAUGAAAAGUGCCAACAUAUUUGAAUUGAAGUAUGACUUUUCGUGUGAGCUGUACCGAAUGUCUACCUAUUCGGCUUUCCCCGCCGGUGUUCCUGUCUCAGAAAGGAGUCUUGCUCGUGCUGGUUUUUAUUAUACUGGUGUGAAUGACAAGGUCAAAUGCUUCUGUUGCGGACUGAUGCUGGAUAACUGGAAACAAGGAGAUAAUCCUAUUGAAAAGCAUAAAAAGUUGUAUCCUAGCUGUAGCUUUGUUCAGAAUCUAAAUUCAGUUAACAUCUCGGGAGCCACUUCUCAGCCUACUUUUCCUUCUUCAGUAACAAAUUCCACGCACUCAUUACUUCCAAGUUUGGAAAACAGUGGCUGUUUCAGUGGCUCUUAUUCAAGCUUUCCAUCAAAUCUUUUAAACUCUGGACCAAAUCAAGAUUUUUCUGCCUUGAGGAUAAGUCCCUACCGUUGUGCAAUGAAUACCGAAAAAGCCAGAUUACUUACUUUCCAGAUGUGGCCAUUGACUUUUCUGUCACCAACGGAUCUGGCAAAAGCAGGCUUUUACUACAUAGGACCUGGAGAUAGAGUGGCCUGCUUUGCCUGUGGUGGAAAAUUGAGCAACUGGGAACCAAAGGAUGAUGCUAUGUCAGAACACCUGAGACAUUUCCCCAACUGCCCAUUUUUAGGAAGUCAGCUUCAAGGCACUUCAAGAUACACUGUUUCUAAUCUGAGCAUGCAGACAUAUGCAGCCCGCUUCAAAACAUUCUGUAACUGGCCCUCUAGUGUUCCAGUUCAUCCUGAGCAGCUUGCAAGUGCAGGUUUUUAUUAUAUGGGUCACAGUGAUGAUGUGAAAUGCUUUUGCUGUGAUGGUGGGCUGAGGUGUUGGGAAUCUGGAGAUGAUCCAUGGGUGGAACAUGCCAAGUGGUUUCCAAGGUGUGAGUACUUGAUACGAAUUAAAGGACAAGAAUUCAUCAGUCGAGUUCAAGCCAGUUACCCUCAUCUACUUGAACAGCUGUUAUCUACUUCAGACAAUCCAGAAGAUGAAAAUGCAGAGUCACCAAUUAUUCAUUUUGGACCUGGAGAAAACCAUUCAGAAGAUGCAGUCAUGAUGAAUACACCUGUUGUUAAAGCUGCUUUGGAAAUGGGCUUUAGUAGAAGGCUGAUAAAGCAGACAGUUCAGAGUAAAAUCCUAACAACUGGAGAGAAUUACAAAACUGUCAGUGAUCUUGUAUUAGAUUUACUUAAUGCAGAAGAUGAAAUGAGGGAAGAGGAGAAAGAAAGAGCAACUGAGGAAAAAGAAUCAGAUGACCUAUCAUUAAUCCGGAAGAAUAGAAUGGCACUUUUUCAACGUUUGACUUGUGCGCUUCCAAUCCUGGAUAGUCUACUAACUGCCAGAGUGAUUACCGAGCAAGAAUGUGAUGUUAUUAAACAAAAAACACAGACAUCCUUACAAGCAAGAGAACUGAUUGAUACUAUCUUAGUAAAAGGAAAUUUUGCAGCCACCAUAUUCAAAAACUCUCUACAAGAAAUUGACCCCAUGUUAUACCAGCAUUUAUUUGUGCAACAAGACAUAAAAUACAUUCCCACAGAAAAUGUUUCAGAUUUACCAAUGGAAGAACAAUUGAGGAGACUACAAGAAGAAAGAACAUGUAAAGUGUGUAUGGACAAAGAAGUGUCCAUAGUGUUUAUUCCUUGCGGUCAUCUAGUAGUUUGCAAAGAUUGUGCCCCUUCUCUAAGAAAAUGCCCUAUUUGUAGAGGUACAAUCAAGGGUACAGUUCGUACAUUUCUUUCAUGAAGAAGAUCUAAAACUUUGUCUAAACUUUAGAAUUAGUGGAUUACAUAUAUUGUAAUUUUAACUUUGAUACUGAUUUGGUUUCUUUAAGAUUUCUUAUUUAUUUACAACAAUUUUGUUUUAUAUAAAUAUCUAAAACAUGAACAUACAUAUUUUAUGUAGCAUGGGAAUGAUAGGCUUUUGUUUUUGUGAACAAAAAACAGGAAUAGCACUAUAAGCACAAUACUAAAUGAAAAUUUCAGCACUAUUGAAAUUGUAAGUGAAGUAAAAUUUAAGAUUUUGAACUGAAGUUUCAUAGUUUUAAAUAUUUUGGAGUUGUAUUCAGGAUCAGGAACAUGGAUUCUCUUGCUUUUUCCAUCAAUGUCCUAUACACAGAAGGUCUUGAUGUUUGUUGAAUGACUUUUUCGGGACAUGAUGUUUUUGUAAAGAAUUCUGUGAGGAACAUUUUAAUAAAUCAAUCAAAAUUA